AUGGAGUCGCCAAGAUUCGUGUACAAGAUUGUGCCAACGGCGCCUCCCGAGCCCAUCCCCAAGGCGUACCCACUGUCCGACUUGGACAAGAAGGACGGCUUCAUCCACCUCAGCACCGCCACUCAGGUUCCCAACACGGCGGACUUGUUCUUCAGCUCGCACUCCGACCUGUGGUUGAUCAAGUUUGAGCUCACCAAAUUUGUGGACCCCAUCAAGUGGGAGGACAGUUUCCCGCACCUGUACGGCAACUUUGGCAAAAAGGACGUCGAGUCCGUGCAGAAGUUUGAGCGGUCGGAGGGCAAGACAUGGAAGCAGGUCAUGGAGGGAUCGUCGUGGCUCGUGUAG